AUGAUGAAAACUCUAUCAUCUAUUUCUUCAUUUGCAGUGUCACUCCUGUUUGACAUGAAAAUCUGGAACACCACCUCAGAUUUCAUUCUCCUAGGACUCUUUAACCACACAGAAGCCCACUUAUUUCUCUUUGUGAUGGUUCUGACAAUUGCCUUCACCUCCCUAGUGGGCAAUGCCCUCAUGAUUUUCCUGAUUCACUAGGAUGCUCGGCUCCACAUGCCCAUGUACUUCCUACUGAGCCAACUGUCCCUCAUGGACAUGAUGCUGGUCUCUACCAUUGUGCCCAAAAUGGCAGCUGACUACUUGACUGGUCAGAAGUCCAUCUCCCCUGCUGGCUGUGGGUUGCAGAUCUUCUUCUUCAUCACUUUGGAAGGGGGCGAGUGCUUCCUCUUAGCAUCCAUGUCCUAUGACUGCUAUGUGGCUAUUUGCCACCCACUGAGAUACCCAGUUCUCAUGAGCUGGCAAUUAUCUAGAAUGACUGUGGGGUCUUGGUUCCUGGGGGCAGCUGAUGGGCUUAUGCAGGCUGCUGCUAGCCUGAGCUUCCCAUUUUGCGAUACACAUGAGAUCAAUCAUUUCUUCUGUGAGGCCCCUACCCUGGUGCGUUUGGCUUGUGCUGACACAUCAGUCUUUGAAAAUGUCAGGUACAUCUGCUGUGUAUUAAUGCUCCUUGUCCCAUUUUCUCUCAUCCUGAUUUCCUACAGUCUCAUUUUUGCUGCAGUUCUCAAGAUGCGUUCUAGAGAGCCCCACAAGAAGGCUUUUGCCACCUGCUCCUCACAUCUCUCUCUGGUGGGACUCUUUUAUGGAGCUGCUGUUUUUAUCUUCAUGAGACCCAAAUCCUACACGUCAGCUAAUCAUGAUAAAAUAGUGUCAGUGUUCUAUACUAUCUUCACUCCUUUGUUGAACCCCAUCAUCUACAGUCUGAGGAACAGUGAUGACAAGGGAGCCCUGAGAAAGUGUAUGGGUCAGUGUGCUGCCUUAAGUCACGAAUAA